UUACAUGCAGGAUAUUAUUAGAUAUUAAAAAUCUCUGACGUUAUCCAAACGCCUUUUUAGCUACUGAUGGAAUAUAUAUGUAACCUUUAGGAAAAGACAACUUAUUUAUUAGAACUGUUAGGAAAUUACACAAAACUAUGAACAGUUUCAGCAAAGAACAGAAAAAAAAUUGAAACUCUAUUUAGAUGAAUGAUUUCUAGUGAUUGUAAAUGCAUGGAAUUCCUCCACCCAAAUAUUAAAUAGUUUGCAGUCUGCGAGUGGUUGAACUUUGAUUCCAAGUGCAGCUUUGUUGUGAAAACGCCUGUGUUCUUAAAACUUGCAUUUCCAUGUUGCAAUGAAUAGUUCUUCUAUUCCUUCAGGAUACCUGCUCAGUACCAAAAGAAGUGUUCAUGACUCUUAACUUGAAGGUCAAGGUGUCAGUGUAAGCACACUGUCAAAUAUAUUUCCACGUGAACUCCCAUAUCUGUAAAAACGUUCAAAGUAGUAAAAAGUGACAGUAUCAAAUCCACCAUUUUCCUUUCAAUUCUGUAAAAGGUCAUUGACUCUCUUGCAGGGUGUGUUGUGUGGGGAGAACAUGAGGGGCAUUCGUUUUGAUAUCCAUGAUGUUACUCUGCAUGCCAAUGCGGUCCACCGUGGUGGUGCACAAAUUCUUCUCACGGUCAGAAGUGUCCUGUAUGCCUCUGCUCUUACAGCACAACCCAGACUUAUGGAGCCCAUCUAUCUCGUGGAGAUCCAGUGCCCCGAACAAGUGGUUGGAGGUAUCUAUGGUGUGCUGAACAGGAAAUGGGGCCAUGUCUUUGACAAAUUCCAAAUGGCAGGAACCCCGAUGUUUGUGGUCAAGGCUUAUCUACCUGUAAAUGAGUCUUUUGGUUUCACUGCUGACUUGAGGUCCAGCACUGGUGGUCAAGCUUUUCCACAACGUAUCUUUGAUCAUUGGCAAAUUUUGCCUGGAGAUCCUUAUGAUACAACUAUUAGUCUUUGGCAAGUUGUGGCUGAAAUACGCAAGCGCAAAGGCUUGAAGGAGGGUAUUCCACCUCUAGACAACUUCUUAGAUAAGUUGCAACCACCUUCUCUGUUUAUCAUGUUACAAUGCCCAGUUUCACCUUGUUACAUUUCCUCAAAACCAGGAAGGAAGUAGUAAGCUUUGAGAAUAUCACAUUGAAUACAAACAAUCCAGCAUAUUGCAAUUAUAUCAUGUUCAUUCCCCCCCCCCCCAAAAAAAAACCUGAAAAAAAAAAGUUAUGUUGACUGACUAGUUAUUUUUGUAAGCAGGCCACUCAGUAGUUACCUACAACUUUCACAAAAGAGAUUAUUUCCAUUAACACGUAGUCUGUUUCAGAACUGUCCUGAUGUAGAAAACAGUGGAGGCAGCUGCUUUACUAUAGAAUUAUGCAGGAAUUCUUAACUAAAUUUAAGUUUUUCUUCUUAGUCCCCUUAAAGCUAAUAAUCUAUUUCACUUACCCCUUUGAAAACGUACAUGUUCUUGAUGAUAUAGUGAAAGUGAUCUUAGAAACCAAGCCUUUUAACACAAGAUUAAAGUUUUGAAUGAACUUAGAUUAUCUAUUUUGGUAUUAGGGAAACUGAAGUAGACAAUUAGAAAAAACAGCCCCCAAUUUCUUACUAGCCUGUUCCAGUUUCUGAAAGAAUUUAAUAAUGUAACUAAAAAGGUGUUUGGGAAAGCCUUCACCCGAGCUGCUCCAAAUAAUAGCCAUCAUCAGUUUGUGGGGGUGAGGCUAGUUUUGCUUUUAUCUACCACUAUUUUCUCUACCCCUCAGAGUAUGUAAUAAUGUAGGGAUUUUUUUUUUAAAGUGGUAGAAACUACUUUCCUCUAGCAGCUGAACAGUAUCUGGCUCUGUUCAGUUCAAUUAAGUUACACUCCAAGCAAAAAAAAAAAAGGUUCUUUUACAGUGGAAGCUAAAUGGAAGUGCUUACAUUUUAUUACACUAAAAAAACCCUCAAUAUAUAUCAAUCUUGCUAUGAAGCGAGGAACAUGCUGAAGUACAAAGCCUUAAAUGUUCCCCCUAUUGCAUAGGUGCAAUAAGGGUACCCUAUGCUGCCCAAUUCAGCAUGUUCUCCAACACUGCAAACUGCGUUCCCUAGAGUACUCAAAAUAUUCAGUAUAAACUUUCUAGCAGAAGGGUUGGUAUGGCUGACAUAUCAAAGCAGUCUGUUAGGAACCAUCCACAAAUAUCUUAGCUAGUAGCUGCUAUAUGUACAUCUGUAUAGUAUUAGAACUGUAGCCAGCUAUAAUUUGUCCAUGGAAGUCUUUCAAUUGCAUUUAUGGCUCUCACUGUACUGUUGGGCCUGAUAUUUAGAACUAUGCUUUCCUAUUAAUUGAAGGUAAACCUUGCAUAGGACUUCCAUCAAAAAGUUUUGCCAGUUUUUAAAACAAAAGCAGCCCAACUUUGAAAAACUGCUGCGAUAACUCAUCUCAUUCUACAAUUGCCAGUUUGCAACCGACGAAAACAGCGAUGGACGAAACUGAAUUACAUUUGUCAAGCUAAAAGUCACACACACAGCUCAAACUUGACUUCCUCUCAGUGCUUGUAAACUUCUCCGAGAAGAGCGGUGUUUGAAAGUGGAGACUGCAUUUGCCCCAAUUACUUAACAUAAUGAUCAUUGUUAUAUGGCUGAAUAGCUCCUCUCCCCCUGCACCUGAUUUAUACUAAUGAAGUGUUUGCUACAUACCAACUAGUGGUGCCAAGGAAAUACUUCAAUUCUGUUAUAAAUUCCAUUACUGAGUCUCUCACAAAGAAUGUACUGUUGAGAAACUGAGCACUGAUCAAAGCAUGAAAGCUGAGAGGGAUUAUCCCUUCUACUACAGCCUCUGUAGGGAGCUCUGUCUGUCAGGAUACAUUGGCCAUCAUGCACCCAUGACGCAGCCCACCGUUACCUGCUGCGCUAAGUUGGAGUGGGUUUGUCAGGUGAGUCAUUUUUUCUUGUCCCUGGUUGCAGAGCAGCCCUCUGGAGCCCCUUGUAUACUAGUAUAUCCCCAUGGUAGCUCUAAUUUACACUCGGCCCACAGCAGGUUUCCUGCCAACCAAGCAUUGGGCAGAGGGAAAAAGUGUGGCUUAAAGCCACCUUUUGCCUCUUGGGUAUGUUUGGUGCUGGGACUCCUGGAGAAGUGGCACAAUCUGUCCUGUGGCUAUGCGCUGGUGAAGUCCAUUUCUCAUUGCUGCACAGCCAGUUCUUAAAAUCCAGUCCAGGUCAAAGGGUUGUUGUGGGCUUUUGGCUCUCCAUCCAGUUUUACAUACUGUAAAUAAUCUUCACGCAACUAUACAGGUCAAACCAGAAAUUUCUUUUUGGACUAGGACUAAGGUAGUUAUACCACACAACUUUGGCUUCCGGCAACUGAAACCAAUGCACUAGACUUCCAUCUGAGAAGUGAAAAACAGACUAUACUAGUUGCUGUAGAACUGCAGGCAUCACUGGCAAAACCUUCUGCAUAAAGUUCUCAAAUUGUGAAGGGACAGCUUGUCACUUCAUUUCACUGCUGCAGUAUGGAUGUUCCAAGCAAGCAGACGAGGCACAGGUACACUGUGCAUACCCUUCCACCCUGCUCAAAUGGAAGGGAGCACUGAACAAAGCUGAUCCUGGGCAAUUCGUAAGUAUGUUUCCUCAGUUAUCUGCUGCUCUGAGAAAAGGAAAUCUUUUUUUCUAAUUGAGCAGAUACAACAGACUAGGAAAUUAUAGAAUUGCAUAUUGCAAUUCAGUGCUUCACAUGUUAGUUUAUGAUCCAGUGUAUCAGAAUACCAGUCUUGGUCACUGACUUCUACUCCAGCUGUCGUAUGCACAACAUGCCUCAGGUGGCACAUAACCAGGAUUCAACACUGAAUUUAGUCUGCUGGUUGGAUCGUUAGCUGCCCAGGCACUGAGUGUGUGUGACAAAUACUGAUCCAUGCCAGCAUCUGCAAAGUACCAGAUGUUCUUAGUACAAGAUAACUUUUAAAAAUAUUGUUUAUCUUUAGUGUCUCAACAUUAGCAGGACUAUGCUAUUUUUACUUCAAAUAUGCAAUUAGUAUAGAGAAAAACACUAAUCACCUAAAGAAAAUUAGAAAUAAUAAGCAGCUUGGCUUUAUUAACAAAUCAUGCCAGAAAAAACUUGCUCAUUUAAUAGGUACAAAGUUAGUAAGUAGACAAAGGGAAAAGAGUAGGGGAUGAACUGAAGACUGGCUGAAAGAGCAUACAAAAAAGCUACAAGUAACAGGAAUGCCGAUAAUUUGGGGUGGGAGUGGAGGAUGACAAAGGGAUCUGAAAUCAGCCCUGUUUUAACAUCUCCUGUAUUUACACUUAGUUCAAAUACUAUGGUAACAAGUGCCAUGAGUAUGGCUUUCGGAAGGCAUAAAGCACACUGAACUAAAUGCAACACUUCCUCAUUAGUAUCAAAAAUAAAUAAAAUAUAUUAGGGAAGAGACAGGAAAGAAUGAGAAUGAGUUGUUAGGGGAAGAAUUUUAAAUAUAGUCAAUAGAAACACUAUACUUGGAGAAGUUGCAAUGUCAAGAUAUACAGACAAUACCAAGAUUCCAGCUCUAAAGCAAAGCAUUUCCUUACCACUUUCCUGGUCUGUAACCCCUUCCAACAUGCAGCACUGAGAACAUCCAUAGAAUACUGUGUAAAAUUCUGGGUACCACCAAAGAAAAUAUCAGGGAAGAGGAAGGCAAAGAUCAAAAAUAUUAAAGGGAGGGAUUAGGAGGAAAGAUUAAUUAUAGUCCUGAUCAGCAAACCCUUCUAGACACUAUACACAAUAGGACUGUUAAGAAACCUUGCAUGAUUUGGCCCUAUAUGUAUAUUUUGGCUAGGCAGGGACAGUGUCUACACCUGUUUGACGAUUAUCACAACAAAGAAACCCUCUAGUCUACCAUGAAGUUUAACAAGGAGUAAUGGGCUGAAAGAGUAAAGAAAGUUUCCCAAACGUAGUGUCAAACUGUGCAGUAGCCAAAAAGGCGAGUGAAGCCGUUUGAAUCAUUUAAAGCUUAACUAGACAAAGCUUUGGCAAAUAUGCACAGAGAACAAUCCUGCACUGGACCAAAGACAGACUAGACAGAUAAGUAACUACUUCGUGAUUCCAACAGCUGCACUGAAGGACACAGUUUAGUUUUAUGAACUAGUAUGGGUAGGCAAUUACAUGAAGGAAGAAAAAGGAUUUCAUCGUCUGAACAGGGUUUUUUUGUUUGUUUUUUUACUUUCCACCUUAUAGAAGAGGCCUGGCCAGAAGUUAAAGGACCAAAGCCAGGUUCUGCAUAGCAGUUUGUUUGUGAAUUGAAAGCACACAUUAACAUCUGUAUGAUGAAGGGUUUGCAUAGUUUUUCUCCAAAAUACACAAGGAAGAACACUUUAGGAAUUUGCAUUCAUAAGUAAAUAACACAGUCCGGAACCAAUUUACAGGAUUUUUCCCCCCCAUGGAAGGGGGAAGAAGGGGAAAGAAGGAUGUAAGGAACAAACAAAUAUAGCACAAAUCAUGGCUAUUUCACAAACCUUCAUUAUUCUAAAUGAAGUUUAUUACAGGCUGCAGUGAAAGAAUUCAGCAAUGCAGACUUCUGCACCUCUCUCUUGUAUCCAGGAUAAACAUAUGCUGUUUUCA